AAUUCCGUUGUUCAUUUUACAUUACGGUUACAACCUUUGAUAACAGAAAUCUCAGUCGCACUCCACUGCCUGCCAUGCUUCGCAACCUGCGUACGCGGCGUCGUCCGCUUUACGCCCCUCACAUUUGCGCCUUAGCCGCCUUCAUCCUCCUCCUUCUCCUCCUCUCCAUUUCACUCCUCUACACCCGCCUCAACUUCUUCCUUCUCCAACCCACCCACCCUCAAUCCCAUCACCCCCUCCAAUACGACACCGUUUCACUCAACAACCCUCUCGUUUACGACUUAGCCGAUACCGAUUACCGCUCCAACGACGAUCGCAUCGACGUCGCAGACAACAACACCAACGACGACGAUAAUGAGUUUUUACUCUCUAAUGAAAACGAAGAGGAUGAUGAAGAGGUCAUUAAUCAGUAUCCUAGGGUUUCUUCUACGUAUUUUUAUGAUCAGAGGAAUGGUGUUGUUAGGAGAGCCUUUAAUAAGAGAUCUAUUGAGGAAUGGGAGGAUUACGUUAAUUUUGAGUCCAGGAUGAAGUUAGGGUUAGGGUUUAAGAGCGAUGAGUCGAAAGCCGCGUUUGGAUCCGAUGAUUUUCCUGUGGAUGUGGGAAUGAGGAUGAAGUUGAGUGAAAUUAAGAGUGUUGAAGAUGCUUUGUUGUUAAAAGGAUCAACUUUGAGGGAAGGUUGGGGUGACUGGUUCGAGAAGAAGAGCGAUUUUUUGAGACGUGAUAGGAUGUUUAAGUCGAAUUUGGAAGCCUUGAAUCCGAAUAAUAAUGCCAUGUUGCAGGAUCCUGACGGUGCUGGGGUUACCGGGUUGACUAGAGGGGAUAAGAUUGUGUUGAAAGGGUUGAUGAAUGAGUUUAAGAAAGUUCCGUUUUUGGUGAAAAAGACGCUUUCCGUGUCUGAAUCUGAGCUGGUUAAUGAUGCUUUGGAUUUGGAGAAGAUGGUGGGGCUGGCGAAAAGUGAUGCUUUCGAGUCGAAGGUGUUGAAAGCUAAUGAUGAGGAUGUGAAUAGUAGAGCGAAGAGAGCGAAGCGUAGAACGUUAAACGAUAAUGUUAGAAUUGGAAAAAGACUUGUUCAUGAUAGUGAUGAAGAUUCAGCAACUAGGAGUAAGGAAGGGAUAAGGAAUGGUGAUGUGAAAGUUGUGGAUGACAAUGCAAGAGGUGAAGUUUCUGAGAAAGUCUUUGCUGAUGGAAAGAGAUGGGGUUACUUUCCGGGGCUGCAACCGAGGUUGUCUUUUGCUAAUUUUAUGGAUUCAUUUUUCAGGAAAGCAAAAUGUACUAUGAGAGUUUUCAUGGUCUGGAAUUCUCCAGCAUGGAUGUUUACAACUCGGUAUCAGAGGGGACUUGAGAGUGUGCUCAAUCAUCACCGGGAUGCUUGUGUGGUGGUUUUCUCUGAGACAAUUGAACUUAACUUCUUUAGUGAUUUUGUCAAGGAUGGCUUCAAAGUGGCUGUUGUGAUGCCCAAUCUUGAUGAACUCCUACUAGACACACCAAUACAUGUGUUUGCUUCUGUCUGGUAUGAAUGGAAGCAGACAAAACAUUAUCCUUUACAUUACAGUGAACUCGUCAGGCUGGCUGCUCUAUACAAGUAUGGUGGAAUUUAUCUCGACUCAGACAUCAUUGUGUUGAAUUCAUUGUCUUCACUUAAUAAUACUAUUGCUUUUGAGGAUGAUCUACGUGGAAAAACUUUGAAUGGUGCUGCAAUGGCUUUUAGAAAGCACAGUCCUUUUAUAAUGGAGUGUUUGAAGGAGUUUCAUGCAUCUUAUGACGACAAACAAUUGAGAUGGAAUGGAGCUGAUCUUUUGACAAGAGUUGCUAGUAACUUUUCUGUCAAUGAUAAUAUCUCCGGUAGAAAGAUGGAGAUCAAUUUUCAACCCUCGAAUAUUUUCUUUCCUAUCAGCCAUAGCAAUAUUACCAGAUACUUCUCUGCACCAGCAAUGGAGACUGAGAAAGCCGAACAAGAUAUGCUAUUUAAAACUAUACUCAAAGAAGCAGUCACUUUUCACUUUUGGAAUGGCUUAACUUCAGCUAUGGUUCCUGAGCCUGGGAGCCUUGCAUACCGGAUCAUUAAUUACAAUUGCCUACGUUGCUCUGACACAUUGUGAAACACUUUCAAAACCAUUAAAGCAGAUGGCCUUGUAAAACAUUUUUAUUUUCAUGCCAUUAGAUACCUCACAGCUUUUAUUCAAAAGAGAGCCUGUUAUGAAGAUGCACAUCUAAUAUUCUGGUGCUGCUUCAUCCAUGAAGAAAUGCUGCUUGUGGUAAUGAUGUCCUGUCUAUAUAUAAAUUCUUGUUGUAGGUAGCAUGAAUCUCCAGUUGAUUGAAGGUUUUCUGGACCUUGUAUUGUUAGUCCAUUAGUUGUGGUAGAUUCCCUCGAGGGAGGGAUUAAGAGGUCCCACUUUUUGUAGCUGGGAUCUUUUUGUAUAUUUGUUUCCUUUGUUUUUUGUAGUUCUCAUUUAUAUAUGUCUGAUUCAGACGAUUCAAUAAGUUUUAAUCAUAGAGUUUUGUAGAACUAUUUGUAGUCAUUGGCAACACAGCAGUGAUAUCUUUAAGAGAUGUUCCUUUUAAAUUAUUUCUA